AUGCGUCAAUCUGCAGAAUCCAUCGUACUGGGCGUUGUUCGGGAUGAACUGCGGGAAAAAGAUGGCGAUAUUAGGGGCAUCAAUGACCAGAUCCACGCCAAUCCUGAACUGGCAUACGAAGAGUUCAAAGCCCACGAUGCUCUCGUUUCACUCUUGCGGAAGCUUCAAUUCCAAGUAACCCCGCACGCCUAUGGAGUCGAGACUGCUUUCUCGGCCGAGUACGGGUCAGGUGGUCGCCUGGUGGUCUACAACGCCGAGUAUGACGCCCUUCCAGGCAUUGGUCAUGCCUGUGGGCAUAACCUGAUUGCCUCGUCGUCCCUCGCCGCCUUUCUGGGUCUUGCUGCUGCCCUCAAGCACAAUCCGGAUCAGCCAGGACGAGUCCGUCUUUUGGGCACUCCCGCCGAGGAGGGCGGCGGCGGCAAGCUCAAGUUGAUCGCCGCCGGAGCCUACAAAGACGCCGCCGCCAGCCUGAUGGUGCAUCCUGGACCAUCCUACCUACUCGCCGCCCCCGUCGAGGAGGUCGCUUUUGUGCGCAUGCUCGCCAACGUCAAGAUGCGCAUCUACUUCAGUGGUCGCGAGAGUCAUGCUGCUAUGGCUCCCUGGGAUGGCAUCAAUGCUCUCGACGCCGCCACGCUGUCGUACAAUGCAAUUUCCAUGCUCCGGCAGCACAUCAGACCCUACGAGCGAAUCCACGGAGUGGUGCGUCAAGGCGGUGAAAGGCCCAACGUGACACCCUCUUCCACCUGCGUCGAGUACUAUGUCAGGAGUGACACGCGAGCUGCGGCCCAGAAGUUGUGGGAGAGGGUCAAGCUCUGCUUCGAGGGUGCCGCCAUUGCGACCGGGUGUGGCGUUCGCUACGAGCCUAUCAACUCGUACGCCGACGUAAGACCGUCGCGGGCCCUCUGUCGCGAAUACCAAGCUGUACAGACGCCAGAGACCGUCUCCUUCUCUGAGCCGGCCGAUUUUCUGGCUGGCAGCACCGACAUGGGUGACGUUUGCUACGAGUGCCCUGGCUUCCAUGGCGCAUUCGGCAUAGAUACGGAGAAGGGCCAGUCGAACCAUACGCUCGCAUUUGCUGCCGCCGCAGGGCUAGACAAGUCCUACAAAAAGGCGAUUGAGUGCGGAAGAGGUAUGGCAAUGGUUGGAUGGAGAGUUCUGAGUGAUGAUGCUUUUGCUGCCGAGGUGCAAAAGGAGUGGGAAGAUGAUAUGCGUGUCGCCAAGGAGACUUGA